AUGUCCGAAGUAUUUCGCGGCUUACGUCCAAGCAUCCCAAAAUAUAUACCAAAAUUAAUUAUUGAACUGAUUAAUAACUGUUGGCACGCUCGACCAGAAAAAAGAUUGACCUCUAAAGAAAUAUAUGACAAUAUAAAUAUAUUUAUUGAUGAUAUUUCAAACAAUAAGUCGACUGAAUUCGUUAUGCAAAUAAAAGAGGCUGAUGAAAUAUUACAAAAAUUUUUAGAAUCCGGCUCAUCAAAUGACAUUGAGAUGCAUCCCAAUGCAAUUUACAGUAGCAGGCGACAUAUUCCUCUAUCGAAUAAAAAUGUCACAGAUCAGGAUUGCCAUAUAGAUAGUCAAUUUGACCACAAGAAUGAUGUAAACUUACUAAUUUCGCAAGUCGGCGCUAUUAAAGUUGAAAAUGACGAACACUUCCACAAACAUGAUAAAAUGAAUUAUGACAUAAAUUAUGAGCAGGAUAGUGAGGGCCUACUAAUUCCGAAAGCAAACGUAAUUGAAGUUGAAAACAAUGAAAUCUAUCAAAAGCUUGCUGACGAAACAAACUUU